AGUAUGUACUAGUGACUGAAUUUGAGGUGUGGAAGUUUGCUUCAAAAUUAACUUAAAAUAAAGGAGCAUAGAUUAAAAAAAAUAAUAAAAAAGGAAGAAAAUAUAUAAUUUUGAAUAUGCCUUCAUUUGAGAGAGGAAAAGAGGCAUAUUUACUAUAUAUUUACUUUUGUUGUCUCAGAAACUUCUUUACUGAGAUUUUAGUGCUACAAAUAACUUUGUUGUAUAUUGGAAUUAUGUAGUUGUGAUUUACAAUGACUUAUUCUGUUUUCAGAAAUUUAUUUCUUUUAUCUACAUAGAAAAUGGAGGACAACUCUGUACCUGAAGAUCUGAGGCUGAAUAGUUUGACAUCCCUUGUUUUCAAUGCCAGCAGUAUUCGAGAGUUGAAAUAUGCAGUGGUAGAAGUAUUUGAUAUAUUCUACGAUAUUGUAACAGAGCCUAUAAAUUGCUACGCAGAUCUCAAGAAAAGACUGACCUCAUUGGGUGAGAAGAACUGGGAUAAGAUCAGAAAGUCAUACUUACAGAACAGUGAGGUGGGAUAUUGUAAUGGAGAUUUCACAGAGGAUGAGAGGAACAGCGUUGUCAAAAUACUCCUUGACUUUGUGUCACUGCUGGAUAAAUGUUCACAGUCUGUGUUCAGGAAAGUGGAGGAGAAACAAAAUGAGAUUCUGGCGAUGGAGGGCAAAGUAAAUACAAUGGAGGAGAGAAUAAGAAAGAUGGAUGUAGUAAUUGAGUCACAAAAGACAUUCUACACUGAGAAAAUUGCAGAAAACAGUGAUUAUGCUGCACAAAAUAUGCACCUUUUACAACAAAUAUCAGAGAAAAAUAAACAAAUCACAGAGUUAGAAAGAAAUAACAAUCAACAGCUUUGGGAAAAGGAAAAACAAAAACUUUUAAAAGAGUCAACAGACAAAAUUACACAGUUAGAGAGAGAGAUAGAGAAUCUACAGCAACAAAAUGAAAGUUAUAAAAUCCGUCUGUCUACGAGAGACAGCUCCUACAAACAGUUACGAAUAAAGAAUCAGCUGCAGUCAGAGAGGUUGAACAGUCCUGUACCCUCUAGUGAGGACAGUGAUGACAGUAUGAGUACCUGCAAACUUAGUCAGAAAAAUUAUAUGCAAGAUAAGGACAUAGUUUAUUUAGAAAAGAAACUGUAUGAUUUACAAACAACUACAUGUGGAGUUAUUGGGGGAAUGAAAACAGACUUUAAACAGUUAGCACACAAAUUCAUUGACCCAGAAAAAGGUCAAGUAGAUGAAAAUUUUAAAGUUUUAUCAGCAAGGAUGGAUCGUGUAUAUAAAGCUGUAGCAGAGGCCGAGGUGGAAAAAGUGAAAGAAGUUCUUCCACCUCACUAUAAAUAUUUAGAGGAUGACAAUUUUAAAGUAAAGAAAAUCAGGAGAUUAUCACAGCCCAUAAUUUCACCAUCUCAAAGAAUGCUGAACAGUGCUUUAGAUGAGAAGAAACCAGUAUUGAAACCAAUACCCCCAUCCAUGGAAAGACAGUCAACCCUUAAUGGUAUUAAGGAAGUGCCAGUGAAUCCUGUCAUAAUAGAUCCAGUCACAAAGAAGUUACAUCCCAUCAAUCCAUUAAAGUAUUUCCCAUUUAUAUCACAGCAGUUUUUAAAAGAUCAGUAUGAGAAAUUUAAACAGUAUGACACUAAUGGUGAUGGGACACUGGAUUUGAAAGAGAUGACUGAGGUUGUGAAGGAGUUGGGGUUUGCUUUCAAUGUUCAUCAGCUACAGGAAGCCAUGGAGGAGGUGGAUCGUGACGGAAAUCAAACCCUUGAUUUCUUUGAAUAUAUGCUUAUAAUAGAUAACAUUUACAGGAAAAGAGGAAAAGCAGAAUUAUUUCAACAAGGUAUGAAAGAAGUAAGAAAAAACAACAUGUCCAAAUCUUGUGUUAUUCAGUGAAAAAGGUGUUAAGACAUCUGCAACAAUGGAUGUCUAACAUUUGUGCUGCUCAUGAUGAUAGUGACAAUAUACCACAAAGGUGCUUAUGUAACCCAGGAAUAUCAUCUGGAGUGUUUCACGUCUUCAAGGCAGAUCACUUAAAAGCCAGGACCUGACCUUCACCAUUCACACUAAAAACCUGACAUUUCUUGAUGUGAAGGUGGAGCAUAUUUUUGAUGGUUCCUGGCAGGUAGACUAAAAUUAGAGAUCAUUCAUACAGAUGGAAAAAUAUGCACGUGUAUGAUAAACUUUCAUGUACCUGAAAUAGUGUUGUUCAAACAUAAAUAGACUUUAGUGAUUUUACUUAGGGACAGUCUGUGUUUAUCAUACUUUGAAAGAAUCAGUUUCUGUCAGAACUCAUAUUGCAGGCAAGCUCAUCAUUUUUGACAGUAUGACACUGAUAUUUCACGGCCAUGAAUAUAUGUGAUUCUAAUGAGCAUAGUCAAUAAAAUUGUUUUAAUUCAUCAACAACAAAACAAACAAGUAGUAAUAUCCCCCUGGAAUGAAAUGGUGGACUCUGGUGCUUUUUGGGGUCUUUAGUUUGAGAAAAUAUUAUUCCUUUGGUGCAAAUUUGAAGGAUACAAGUCACUUCUCAGCAAACAUAGUGGGGGUGAGGGCCCCUGGGGCCAGUGUCUAAAUCUGGACCUGGUGUUAAGUUUCCAUCUAAAAAUCAGUGUAUUGUGAAAUCCAUUUCUGUGCUUGUAUAUUUACAAUAUGUUCUGUCAUCAGUGUUUUGUCUGUUAACACUUUAAGAGAGCUUGAUAUCGUAUCUACGUAAAGUUCAAAACUUGCUUAACCCUUUCAACUCAGUGGAGCAAAAGUAACAUGAUAGUCCUUUUGGUACUUAGGUAUUCAUUAGUGCAAACACCCAUUACAGAAAUGUGAUUGUAAAUUUAAAGCCAAUCUUAAAACAAAUUACUAAGUGCUUCCUAUUAUUCCAGUUUUUUGUAAUACUUUACACUUUGAAUAGAAAGUGUCUUUCAAUUAAUCUCUGUAUAUACUUUAUAAAUAUCUGGCCUGUAAAUGGAGUAUUAUCAGGUCAGAUGUGUGAUGUGUCUUUUUGUCAAUUUAUAACUUCUGUUUAUUGUUUGUUGACAAUCUGAAGGCAUAAGAUAUCUUUACAUAAUGUGUUUUAGAUAUAUGAUGCUAUACCUGCAGUAUUAACAAGAGUUGUAUACAUUCAUCACUAUUGUGCCUUUUUAAAGGAAUGUUUUAUUUUGAACAGUCAGUGAUAUUUUUGUUAAAUAUAUAUUUAAAGCAUU